CGAAUCGAUGAGUAGUGAGUCAUGUCGUGGAUUGAUAAGUCACAACAGAAGCCCGAAUACGAAAAAACGCCGAUCGGAUGGAAACGACGAAACUAUGCAACCAUCAUUUAGUGGGCAGCAACAUCAUGAUGUUCCAGAACCAGAACCGUCAACGAGUGGUCAACAAAUCGAACAUGAGCUGGAUAUGGUACCAUCACCAUCUAUUCCAUCAUUGGAGUCAAUUCCGUCAACAGAUCAACUACAGGGUCCCCAUAAUAUUGAGAAGUUUAAUACCAUUGCUGAAACAUUGAGUUUAUCGCCAAUCUCAUCUAAAAACAUGAGAAGUAUGGAAUAUCGCAUAAACAAAUCAUUGCAGAUUACGAAAGCAGUCCGAAAAAAUAUCUUCGGAAUAGAUUCAACGGAUGUUGGCAAAGUGGAGGCGUAUGACGAGAUAAUUAUGCAGUUAAAGGAUAAGUUCAAUCACCCUACUGACAGAAGCGAACAGAUUAAAAUACUAUCUGUACUUCCUAAGUCUUGGUCGGUAAAUAAAAUCACAAGAGAGUUUAACGCACCAAUGUAUAUGGCGAGGCAGGUGAAGGAACUUGUUUAUGAACAGGGUAUUCUUUGUACCACAAAAAAAAGGGGGAAUGGUAUUGAUGACGAUACAAAACAAAUAGUAAGAGAAUUUUUUGAUGAUAAUGAUAUCAGCAGGCCAAUGCCAGGAACAAAUGAUUUUGUUUCUGAGGUUCGAAAUGGAAAAAAACAACAAGUUCAAAAACGACUUUUGAUGAUGUCGCUCAAAGAGGCUUAUAUGAUUUUUGUAGAUACACUCCCGUUCAAUAGUUUGGGGUCACCCCCUCAAAAACAUGUCAUUUUUUUAGGCCCAUAUCUCCGCCAAUUUGCGUCCGAUUUCAAAACCCUAGGUUUCAUUCAAAAGAUAAUAUGUCAAAGAAACUUUGAACAUGAUUUAAAAGAAACUUUUUCAAAAAAAAUUGUGUGUAAACUUAACCUAAAGUUGCCAAAUUUUCUAAAAAAUGAAUAUAAACUUACGGCAGUGUCGCUGGAAGUUGGGUCGACCAAAUUUUAAGAUGAGAGCGGUAAUAUGACCCAUUUUCUAUUGGCUUUCAACUGCUUUUUACAGAUCUUAGCUGAAAAAUCUAGAAAAAAAAGUUAUUAAGUAAAUUAAUCCUUGAUGUCAUCGACCAAAAGUUUGGGGUCACCCCUCAAUAUGAUGUAUCGGCCAAAAGUUUGGGGUCACUUUCGUAAAACAUGGAAAAGUGAUUUGGUGAUAUCUUCGUCAUCUAUAGUUCAAUUUUAAUUAUUUUUGGCUCAUUUCAAAGAUAAUUAACUAAAUUUACGUUUGAUGUCUUCAACUUAACGUAUUUAACGAUUUUUGUAUAUAAAAAUGUUAUGUAAAGUUAGCACAUUUUACCACGCUUCAAAAAAUGAGGCAACUUUACGUUAAGUUUUAGUAUGUGAAUUUUAACAAAUAUGUGUGGUUCAAUGUCUAUGCAGUAAGUAUCAUUCAUUUUGUUUCAAAUAAGCCAAGAAGAAUUAAAAUUGAAUGAAAGAUGACAAAGAUAUCAACAAAUCACUUUUCCAUGUUUUACGAUAGUGACCCCAAACUUUUGGCCGAUACAGCAUUUUGAGGGGUGACCCCAAACUUUUGGUCGAUGACAUCAAGGAUUAAUUUACUUAAUAACUUUUUUUCUAGAUUUUUUAGCUAAGUUCUGUAAAAAGCAGUUGAAAGCUAAUAGAAAAUGGGUCAUAUUACCACUCUCAUCUUA